AUAUAUUAAAAUAAACCAACGGACUUGUUACUUUUUGUCGGAAUUAUAUUCUGAUGCCGUGUGCAACAUUUUACACUAAGUGGAUUUCUUUGGCAUGACUAUGUUCUCCACAAGUUGUGGCGCUUUUUUGUCCCCUUACCCAGGGGCAAUAUGGGCGUUCCCCCAUCUUAACAGCUCUUUGGCUGCGGUAUCAAGAAAGAAUCCAUCAUUUCGAAUAUCGGACAUAUUAGAUGCCCAAAAACCCCCUCUACCUUUUCCUGUGUACAAAGUUCCUGACACUUCGGUCGGGGGUUCGGGGUGUCGUACCCAGUCCGCACUUGGUCCCCUGCAGGCAUUCUGUACCUCUAAAAGCGUCCACAGCUUCGUGUCGGAUUCCUUGUCGUCCAGAAAUGUGGAACAAAGACCUCCUAAACAACUUAAGUUUGGAAUUAAUACGAUCUUGUCAGAGGACUUCGGAAAGAAAUCUGAAAAAGAGGACAAGGCCCCUACUCGCUACCCUGGAGGUGGACCCUGUGGUUGUGAGAGUCAGAGUAUUUCCUUCUACCACAGAGGGGGGAUGUUCCCGUCCCAGGGGAUUCUAUCGACCCUGCCCACCCCUUCCUUCUCAAUGACCUCCGCCAGUGGCAUUGAUUCACUACCAGGACCUUAUUCAAUCCUGAAUGAUGACGUCAGUUUGGGACACCAUUGUAAGAGGAAGCGGUCUUGGUCACGUGCCGUGUUCUCCAAUCUUCAGAGGAAGGGACUCGAGAAAAGAUUCGAGGUUCAGAAAUACGUCACCAAACCAGACAGACGACAGCUUGCCGCCAUGUUGGGUCUCACAGAUGCACAGGUGAAAGUUUGGUUUCAAAAUAGAAGAAUGAAAUGGCGACAUGCUCAGCAAACAAAGGAGAAAUCGAAUUCUGAAGGCACCAGUUCGGAACCUCUCCCAGAAGAACCACUGGUUAAUGAUGUUGAUACUACGGAUAGUGAUGACGUCAAUGAUGACAUCAUCGAAGAGAGACUUGAAGAUUGUGAUGACAAAGAUUCCUAGGGAAUCUGCCUA